AUGAGAGGAUUUCUGAAAUUAGCAUUGACGCUCUCCAUUAUAACACUGGCAAGGGGGCAUCCUCAUAGUGUUGAUGAGGGCCAUCAAGAUUUCAUGAAGAUUGGACUUGAUGAGGUCUUGGUGAAACCAGAAUCAACGAUCCAGUAUAUUUUCAACAAGCUGUUCCCCUUUGGACCUGCUGGAAAUGCCAUUUUAGCAACAACAUACAUCUCAGGGCCACCCAAUCUAAUUCUUGCAUUGAUUCCAUCUAAUAUCGAUGUUUCAUCUUUGAACCUACUAGUGAGUUUUGCAAUUGGAGGUUUAUUAGGAGAUGUUUUCUUACAUUUACUACCAGAGACCUUCACGGGCCAGUCUGUAGAUCUCAGUAUUGGCACUUCCAAAUACGUCUUGGUUGACGAUAGGAAGAACAUCAUUUUAGGGCUUGGCAUGUUUUUCGGGUUUUUGUUAUUUUUUGUUAUUGACAAGACCAUGCGUAUUUUGGAAAAUGACGGGUCAGAAGAGCAUGGCCAUUCCCAUUCUCAUACGCAUUCUACUGUACAGGGGGCAGAGGGUGAUAGUGCCAAUGGCAAUGAUAAUGCCAAUGGCAAUGACAAUGACGAUGACAAGGAAAAAGAGAAGGAGAUCAAUCCAUCUGUAAAGACAUCUGCUUAUUUGAAUUUAAUAUCUGAUUUCACACACAACAUCACCGAUGGACUUGCAAUUUCGUCAUCCUUUUACAUCUCCAAAAGCGUUGGAAGCACAACUGCUAUAGCUACAUUUAUGCACGAGAUCCCACAUGAAGUUGGUGACUUUGCCCUUUUAAUUCAAGGUGGCUUUAGUAAAUGGCAAGCCAUGGGCGCACAAUUUGUCACUGCAGUGGGGGCAUAUGUGGGGACCUUUAUUGGUAUAGCAUUACAGCAGAGUUUGGAAACGCAUCUUGACUCAAGCGUGGAGGCAGCUCCUGGCCUCUUUGGAACAUCACUCCAAAUGGCAGAUAUGACCUUGCCAUUCACUGCUGGUGGAUUUUUCUACAUUGCCUUCAGUGUAAUUCCCGAGCUCCUUGAAGGUGAAAGGGGGGUUUCUAGAUGCCAUGCCGCCAAGCAGUUUCUACUACAACUUCUCUGCAUGCUUUCCGGCAUUGGGUUUAUGGCGUUUAUUGCCCUCAAUGAGUAG